GCUGGAAUAGAGGCUCGGAGGUGUUAGCAGAAGGCUCGCAGUCAUCAUGUUUGACGAAAUGCCUUCGCAGUCACAUUACUCACCAAACUCCUGACACGCACAUGUCUUACAUGAACCAUCAGAUCCGAUCCAAAGAGGAAGAGGGAUGACGCUGCUGUGCGUGCCGCUGGUGGCCAAGACGGUGGAGCAGAUGACGGCCGACAUGGCCGCCGCCAAGGCCAGCGGCGCCGACCUCGUCGAGCUCCGUGUCGACCACCUCUCCGCCUUCCUCCCCGGCCGCGACCUCCCGCUCCUCCUCCGCGACCGCCCCCUCCCCGCCCUCGUCACCUACAGACCCAAAUGGGAAGGGGGUGAGUACGAAGGUGAUGACAAGCAGCGAUUGGAGGCAUUGCUUUUGGCCAUGGAAUUGGGUGCUGAUUACGUUGAUGUUGAGCUUAAGGUGGCUGAGGACUUCGCGAGGCUCGUCGAUGGGAAGAAGCCAGAAAACUUCAAGCUUAUCGUGUCUUCUCACAACUACCAAAAGACACCUUCAAGUGAGGAGCUCGGAAGCCUUGUGGCAGCCAUACAGGCUUCCGGAGCUGAUAUAGUGAAGAUCGCAACAACUGCUGUGAGUGUGGUGGAUGUGAUACGCAUGUUCCAAGUUCUCGUGCAUUGCCAGGUCCCCAUGAUAGGACUGGUUAUGGGGGAGAGAGGUCUGCUCUCCAGGGUGCUCUGCCCCAAGUACGGUGGUUAUCUCACCUUCGGCACCCUCGGCGAGGGCAAGGCAUCGGCUCCCGGGCAGCCAACCGUCUCACAGCUGCUGCACCUGUACAACAUCAGGCAGAUCGGAGCAGACACCAAACUCACUGGGUUGAUAGGGAAUCCAGUGAGGCAGACCAAAAGCCACAUCUUUCACAAUGCUGCAUUCAAAUCUGCUGGCUUCGACGCUGUCUAUGUGCCACUGCUGGUGGAUGACCUCACUGCUUUCCUACAUGCCUUCUCGUCUCCAGACUCCGUUGGAUUCAGCUGCACAAUGCCCCACAAAGAAAUUGCAGUGAGAUGCUGUGAUGCAGUCGAUCCAAUUGCGAAGUCUAUAGGCGCCGUGAACACCAUCAUCAGGCGACCGAGCGAUGGCAAGUUCGUCGGCCACAACACUGAUUACUUUGGUGCAAUAUCUGCAAUCGAGGAUGAACUGAGAGGUGCACUGAGAUAUACCUACAUGGAAACAGCAGCUCGUAAAGAUCACAUCUUGUUCUCAUUGUUUCAUGUAACAGGUUCACAGGGACUGGGAAAGGAGGAAGAGGCUGCUUCUCCCCUUGCAGGUAGGGUGGUCGUCGUAAUGGGUGCAGGUGGAGCUGGGAAGGCCAUUGCUUACGGCGCGAAGGAGAAAGGAGCCAGAGUCGUGAUCGCUAAUCGAACUUACGAGCGAGCCCGGGAGCUGGCGAAACAAGUUGGUGGGCAGGCACUGCCACUCUCUGAGCUGGAGAACUUCCACCCGGAGGACGGAAUGAUCCUGGCAAACGCGACCUCGGUGGGCAUGCAGCCAAACGUGGGCGAGACUCCUCUCGCUAAGCGAGCUCUCGGGCACUACGCCUUGGUGUUCGAUGCGGUCUACGCCCCGAAAGUGACGAGGCUUCUGAGGGAGGCAGAAGAAUGUGGAGUCCCCACUGUUGGUGGAUUUGAGAUGUUCAUAAGGCAAGCAAUGGGGCAAUUUAAGCUGUUCACAGGUUUGGAAGCCCCUGGAAAGGAGAUGCGAGAACUCAUGAUGAAAUAUGUUUGAGAUAGUUUGAUUUCAAUAAAGUUUUGGAAGUUCCAUUAAAUAAAUUAUGUGUGCUUAAUUUUUUAUUAUUAGAAGUAAACCAUUUGGGCUAUA